AGUAGUCAAUGGAAGUAGUCAGAGUAGAGAGGGCUACUAAUUAAUUACUAUUUUUGUUUGUUGUGGGCCCUCCUAAAAUAUGUGUUAAAAUAAACAACUCGUAUUUAAUUUAAACAAACAAAAAUUAACAAUUAUUCGUGAUAUAAAUGACACACAAGACUAGGGUUUUAAGCAGAAUCAUUUGCCAAAAGUAGUGUUUGUUUAUUUAAAAUCCAGCAGUGCUUCAUUAAUUUGCAUAAUUUGCUAUUGUUAUUAGGUUUCCAAAAUCAUUAAAACCUUACGUCAUGCUAAUAUUUAUAGCAAACCAACUCGAAUUCCUAUAAUGCUAGAUGUUUAUAUUCCAUAUAAUAGAAUUUUGCUUAACUACCAAUUUUUCUCUGCAUAAAUACAGUUUCAAAGUAGGUCACCAGUUUUCCAUGUUCAAUGUUAAUUAAAUUUUUAAAGUGAAUUAUCGUGCAAUCAGAGUGGUUUAAUUUGUAUUAAUUUAAAAGGUAAUCAUUUAAGAAUUGAAAUUUGCCAAAAAUCUCAUUUUAAGUGCUUUAACUUCAACGCAAUAUUAUCUGCCUCUUCAAAUAAAGGAUCAGAAUACUAAAAGAAACAAUCUUGACCCUUGAUAUAAGCACCUAAUAAAACGAGAAAUUUGAUCAGUUAUCACCGAGGUUAUCACCAACGAAAUGAGUGAUAAAGAUGAAUUGGACCCAAGAAUACAAAUUGAAUUGGAAAAAUUGAAUACCACCACUGAUGAAAUUAAUAAAUUGGAAAUUGAAUAUGAUGAGGCUAAUACGACUUUUCGCAUGCUUCUGAAUGAGUCGACAAGAAGACUGAAAUUACUUACCAAAAAAUUAGGAAGCUGUAUCGAAAAAGCAAGACCCUACUACGAUUUACUGGAGAUAGCUAAGAAACAGCAAAAAGAAUGUCAGGAGGCGGCUUUACAAUAUCAAAGAGCGAGCGGUAUACACGCGGCAGCGAAAGAGACAGUAGCCCUAGCCGAACAAAGAUUCCUAACCAACCAACAUGAAUGGCAAUUCGACAAUGCUUGGCAAGAGAUGCUCAAUCAUGCAACUAUGAAGGUUAUGGAAGCAGAUACUCAAAAAGCCGAACGCGGACGCGACCAUCAAAUAAAGGCCUCCAUUUACAAGGAAACCGAUGAAAACUUGAAGCAGCUUGAAGAGAAACUUCAGAAGUUUAUAAUCAAGUCUCGGCCUUAUUUCGACGAAAAAGCUCUCUGUCAGGAUCAAUUAAACACACAAAAACAAAGAAUCGAAAGUAUCAAAAAAGAAAUAAUCAAAACGAAAAAUUUCUAUUCUCAAACAUUGAAAAAUCUCGAACAAAUAUCAAAUGAGAUCCACAUGAAACGUCAAGGUAAACAAUGCGACGACGAUUUGCUGACGAGACCUCGUGAACCCGGAGUCGGAGCCGAGUUGAGCCAGAGUUUCGAAGAAACUCCCACUCACAAAACCAGAAAUAAUAUGAGUUCUUUGCCUGACAUUACUGCAGAAUUGGAUAGGUGUGAAGUUUGCAGUGUUGCCACAACCAGUUCGGCGGUGAGCGAGAAGGAUCCUAGUGAAAAUAUUAGCGAAGACUUAGAGGAGGUUAAAGCGAUCCUACGUAACAUGAGCCUAAGACCAGAAAAAGCAGAAGGAAAAAUGGAAGACAUGUACGUUUCAGAGUUACACAUUGGCAACAUUGUAAAAUCGCCUAAAAAAACACCCAAGAAGAGUAGCUCCAGGCCGGGAAGUAGCUUACAUUAAAUUAAUAGAUUUUCAGUACAAGGCAAUACAUACAUUAAUGUAGUUGGUAGUUAGAGUAUAAAGGAAUUUUACGUAUAUUAAAGAAGAGUCGUAAUGUCAUUAUUAAUGUAAUUUCUUGCCCUUCAAGGUUAUUCACAAAGUUGCACAGUAGUUAUAUCAGUAUAUUUCAGGUUCCUUAAAGAAUUAUAUGAAAUUUUAUUCAUUAUAGAUAGAUUUUAUAUUAUGUAAUUUAAUUUCUCAAAUUAUAGUGAAUUUUUUUUUUAGUUAAUAUUAUGUGAGCUUUGAAAUUUUGCAACUAUUUAGGCAAGCAAUAGUUAAAGAAUCUCAUUACAUAUUUAAAUUUAUUUAUUUGUUGUGUUUUGUUCAAUUAUUUAUGUUUAGGUCUUCAUUGUACCUUGUAAAAAAAAGGAUAGCUCUCGGGAGUGCUUCAUCUGAAAAAUUUAUUUUAUAAAUAACAUUUAAUGUUUGAAAAUAUCUAUGUAAUGCUGUGAUAGAAAAUAAUAGGUAUAAUAAUUUUUUGAUGGGAUUGAAUAGAGGUUUUCUGAAAUGCUCCCGGACACAAUGUUUAAGUAUUAUUACUUCAAAUUGUAAGAAUUAUGGUGAUUAUGGAAUUAUGGAGAUUUUUUUUUAUAUAUAUUUUUUGUUACCAGUUUAAGAAAAUUUUGUGCUUCGACAGAUUAUAAUUUAUGUAUUUUAAGUAAUUGAAAAUAUAUAUUUCAACUGAAAAUAAGUUUUAUUUUUAGGCUUUACUGUGAGUCAAGCAACUUUCUU